GGCGAGCAAUAGCAUAAUUACCUUCCUUCCAUUUCCGUGUUAUUUUAAGAUUUAGAAGUGACUUUAAAAAGCUAUAAAUUAUUAAUAAAAUCUCUCUGUCUCUCUCUUCUAAACUGGUAAACUCUAACUAAACUAGCAUUAACUUGGAAAGAUCUAUGACUCUGACUUCAAAAUUCCACUCCUUAUUUUCAUAGAUUACAUUCAUACAUACAUACAUAGAUCUGAAAAUGGCGCUACAGCGUCUUUCAUUCUUUGCAUUCUCUCUCAUUCUCAUUCUCACUCUCAUUUCCUCUCCUCUCGCUCUCUCCAAAACCCUCAAACGCGACGUGAAAGCUUUGAACGAAAUCAAGGCGUCGCUAGGGUGGAGAGUGGUGUACGCUUGGGUUGGAGACGAUCCUUGUGGAGAUGGAGAUCUGCCGCCGUGGUCCGGCGUCACUUGCUCCACUCAAGGCGAUUACAGAGUCGUCACCGAAUUAGAAGUAUACGCGGUUUCGAUCGUUGGACCUUUCCCUACUGCUGUGACUAAUCUCUUGGAUCUCACUAGGCUGGAUUUUCAUAAUAACAAGUUGACUGGCCCAAUUCCUCCUCAGAUCGGACGGUUGAAGCGUCUUAAAAUACUUAAUUUGAGGUGGAAUAAACUACAAGAUAUCAUACCUCCUGAAAUUGGUGAACUGAAGAGUCUAACUCAUUUGUGAGUAACUUAACUUUCAUAUGGCCAUGAAAUUAAGUU